UUCGCUUUAUGAAACCUUUCGUACUACGAAAAAGCAGGCCAAAACAAAAACUGGGAAUCGGCUCUGCCGUGCGUGAUUGGUUGCUCCACUACAUUUUUUAUCGCAUUAGUUUUGAGAAUUGCUGCAAGUAACACGUUUGCGUAAUAAUAAAGUCUAAACAGAAUGAGCACCAAAAAGGGUUUGGAAUUUUUACGUGCUGUGUCAAGUUAUAUGACGAAGACCAAUGGAUACGACCGAUGUUUGCAGCAGUUGACAAUGAUAAGCGGUGGCGAUGGAAAGUGCACAGCCGAAUUCAAGGUCGCCGAGGAACACUUGAACCGAGCUGGUGGACUGCACGGUGGUUAUACAGCUACUAUAGUUGACGUCGUAACAACGUAUGCAUUAAUGACCAAGGAUAACUGUCUGCCGGGCGUGUCGGUAGACAUCCAUUUGAGCUACUUGAAAGGAGCUCGAGAAGGUGACGAAAUAGUGAUCGAUGCCAACACGAUUCGAGCCGGAAAAAAUUUGGCUUUUCUGGAGUGUGAACUGAGGCACAAACGUGAUAACUCCAUCAUUGCCCGUGGACAGCACACCAAGUUCAUUGGGACCGGAGGAGGAAAGGUCUAAAUAAACAUGAACAUGUUUUUGUUAUUAGUCAACUCGUUUAUUAAACUGUUCUCCAAAUGUAGGCAAAUAAAUAGGUUCAAAAAGAA